GUCUCCGAUCUCGAUGCCCUGAAGCCUCUGGAAGGCUACAACAAGGGCAAGUCCUUUUUUGACAGCAUUUCCUGCGAGGCCACGGAGCGCUCAGGAGAAGCUGGGCGACAGAGAUCGGAUCGGGACAAGGCGAGGGAAGCUGACGUCGAAGCUUUCGGAGACUCCAACCGCCGCGGCAAGGGACAGCGAAAGGGCAAGAGCUGA